AGAGAAUAUUCAUACAUGUAUUGACCUGUUACAUGAUACAUUCUAUAAUAACGAAUAACAUCGUCGCACUUCGGCGAAGGACGCAAAUAAAUCGUGCCGUAAUCAACCAACCAAUCAAUACCCAGUGACACCUGGGUUUGGACCACAUUCACAUUCUGCUACCGUUCUCAUUCUCAUUGGACCAAACUUCUCAGACAUCAAUCCCCGCAUUGAAAAGAUGGCUGCUUGUAAGGUUUGCGAGCAGGACCUGACGCUGGAGCUGGAUGGUGAUGAUGGCACUGAUGAGCCGCAGCUGGUGCCUGACGAUCUAGAACUCAUCUGCGGGUGCCAUUAUCAUUGGCAAUGCCUUCUCGACAAAGCUUCAGAGUUGGCUGCAUCGCUCAAUUGUCCUUCAUGUGAUACAGGGCUUGCCAUGAACACAGCAGGGCCUUCCUCUGGUAGCUCAUUUGUGCAAUCCGCGCCCGGCGCGGCUAUCCUGACAAGAUAUACCAACGAAGGUGGCAUUCAGGAGAAUUACGAUAUCCUUCCCGCAGUUACUGAGGAAGCUUAUCUAGAAGCAAACCCCGAGGCUCGUCCUGCCCGUGCCUUUCACAUCAUGUGCAGCGAGGGCGAUGUAGGCGGGAUAGUAGAGCUCCUCCGCGAUGCGGAGCAGGCGCUAGGAGACGAGCCUACAAUGAAUGCUGCAAGCAUUAUUCGCUAUAAAGACCCGUUAGCAGACUCGCAGACUGGCCUGCAUAUCGCGGUAGAAAAGGGGCAAGAGGAAGUCGUCUGGUUGCUUUUGUGGAUAGCAUCAACUCUUCCGACGGGAUCAUUCCCCGGCGAGGCCGUGCAAAUAGCGCAAGCAAUGGGGAUCCAGCGGCCGAGCACGUUGGCCUCGGAAGAUAUCCGAGCACUCGCAGAUAAUCAAGGCCGGACGGCCGAGACACUUGCAGCAGAGAUGAGUGGUUACUGGGCGAGUCUGGUAGACUCUGGCACUUUACACUCUGAGACCUCACUUUGAUCAUGUCGAAGAUAGCUCUGUUUAAUACGCAAUGACCUCGAUUGUUGCAUAUAUAUUAAGCCCUGCGUAUAUAUUCUGAAGUAUGUUGAAUUACCAGAAGUCUUGGACGAACUAGGGGUAAUGCCCAGGUGGUUACCUGCAUGUGCGUACGUAUGUAUAAUUCUACUAACCCGUACGCGAUGUACGUGAUAAAACGCAAACAGGUGUACUGAAGAAUCUGUAUAUAGUGAUCGGCAAGUUACUAGGUCACGUUGCAAGUUAUAGUAUUGAGAGUUGUUACAGUAAAUAACUCGAGGCCGGUUUCCUACGCCAGCUGCUGUAAGACCAACAGAUCCUGUAAUGUUACCACCCGCGAAUAGAUGAAUACCCACAUAUUCUUUACGUAUAAUAAAUUGAC